UUAGAAAUAGGGAGAGCCGGCCAAGCCGCCAGCCCGGAGCACGCCGCGCAGCGAGCGGCCGCACCCGUAUCCAUGCUGCUGACCCUAGCCAGCGGCGCGCUCUUCUUCCCCGGGCUCUUCGCGCUCAGCAUCUGGGCGCUGCACCGCUUGCGGCCCGGAUGGACGGAAGACGACUGCCUGACGGUCGGCACCAGGUUAGUGUCCUCCGUGCAGGCAGUGCUGGCCACCGGGGCGGGGCUCACCGUCAUCAUCUCCUGCAAGAACGUGGUCUCAGACAGGCACUGGCUUGCCACAGAAUAUGUCUGGUUUUUGAUUCCAUAUAUGAUCUAUGACUUCUAUGCCAUGUACUGCUGCGAAAGGUGCCGAACCAAAGACCAGAAACUCACACGCACCACCAUUAUCCGAAACUUCCUGAUCGAAAACCGCCUUAUGGUCACACAUCAUGCGGUCAUUCUGUUUUUCCUUGUACCUAUUUCACAGAAGCUCCGAGGAGACCUUGGAGACUUCUUUGUCGGAUGCAUCUUCACAGCAGAAUUGAGUACUCCGUUUGUGUCGCUGGCCAGAAUAAUGAUCCAGCUAAAGCAGCAGCAUACACUUCUUUACAAGGUCAACGGAAUCCUCACGGUGACCACCUUUCUGUUCUGCCGGAUCCUUCUGUUCCCAUUCAUGUACUGGUCCUAUGGCCAACAAAAAGGACUAAGCCUGCUCCAAGUGCCAUUUAAUAUCCCUUUACACUGCAACAUGGCCAAUGCCAUCCUCAUCUCUCCCCAGCUCUACUGGUUCUCACUGCUGUGCAAGAAGGCAGCCCGGCUCUUUGACACUGCCAAAGCCAAAAAGGAUGGUUAAUUACUCUCAGGGGUCAGGCACUCACACUAGCUGCCUCAGUAUUCCAAGGACCAAAUCAUGCCUGGGGUAGUCUCUGCCUUCUGGAUGUUGAUAAGCCUCUGGAUUUUUGGUCUUCUUUUUUUUUAAAUCCCCAUUGCCUCCUUCUUCUAACCAGCCUUUUGCAAAAGCACUUUUUGUUUUGUUUUCUGGUGAUAACUUGGAUCCUGUCAAAGCCCCGCUGCAGUAGUUUUAACGCAAGCCUAAGGAGCCUUCCCUGGGCCUGUGGUAAGAGUUCUGGGAGGUGAAGCACUGCUUUCCCCUUCCCACCCACUCAGGGCAACACCCGGCAACACCCGUACUGGGUCAGAAGCAAGUGACAACUUGGUUCUUGAAACUGUGUCAUUUUCCAAUACUAGGAAAGACAUCGUGGGUAUGUCUUUUACUGUUUACUAGACAGCCCUUGUCCUUAUCUGUAUAUCAACAAUGAAUUCUCAUACUCACUGACUUCUAAUCAGAAGGGCUCACUGACAAUGGGCAGGAGGCAGGGCUGAGAACCUGAAGCACUUGAGUAGGUCAGGAGGCCUGCGUCUCUGCAGGCUGACUUUGUGUAAAGACCAGUAUCAAACUUGUGAGCCUCUCGAAAGCAGUUACCUACACCAUUUCCUUUUUAGCAUGGCCUCUCAUGACCAGUUUUCUGUGUCCACACACACCAAAAACUGGCCUGAAACUCCAGGGACAAGGUGGAGUGAUGGCUUCUAUAGCAACUUACUGGGUAAUCCCACACUGACACUGCCCUUUCAUACAAAAUGGACACAGACGUCUGCUCUCUAGCUCCUGAGGUGUCAUGUAGGCCUGUGCUUCUAGCGCUUCCUGCUAAGGCAGACCCGUUUCUGUGUUGAAUGUUUGAGCCACAGAAAGCUAGAAAACGGGAGAAGCCAGACAAGCCAGAGCAUGUCCUGUGGACCAGUGCUGCUUGUUAGCCAUGUGCUGUAGGAUGUGGUGUAGCACAGAUCAUCUCUCACGGCUGGCUGGGGGUGAGAGGACCUGCUGCCACUACUUCAGGUGGCAGCAAAAACACUACAGUGCCUUAUAAUUCACUGUCCAUGGACUUCUAAAGGACUGGAUGGUUGUAUCUCAAGUUUUGAGUUUCAGUCUUUAAUAGGUGCCAUUUAAACAUAAAAAAUGCUGUUUUGUGUUUUUUUGUUCUGUUUACUGUACCCACAAGUCAUCCAUAUAGUAAUUAAAUUGCACUAAAUUCUC